CAGAGAUGAUUAGCUGUGAUGGUGGGGUGGCUGAUCAAAGGGAUUGUUACCACACAUUGAUGGCGAGCCAAUGUGUGAGUACCGGGUAUGUUCUGAUGGCUUCCUUUCUGUACACUAAGGUGUGGAGGGUGAAGGAGUUCGUUGGAAAGAGUGAAAGGAUAUUGCUGACUCCUGAUUUUGCCUUAAGGGUAUUGGAACCCAGAGACUCCAACUACAUCAUAGGCACCAAGUACGGCAAGGUUCUGAAAAACAUCCCGUUUACUUCUCUAGCGACGGUUUUUGUCCCCGUACUGGUCAAAGAACAUUAGUGGGGUGUUUGUUUUGACAUUAAGGGGAAGGCAAUAAGAUUGAUUGAUUCGAUCUUAAAAAACCCAGCGGAGAAACAUG